AUGAUUGCAACAAGACUAACUUUAAAACGAUACUCAGAUGUAAUAUUUCAUCGAUCAAAACAAGCAACUACUACUCGACCUUCGCCUUAUCAUCCAAGACAUCAUCGAGCAACCAAAAUACCUGCACAUGAUAUUUCAUUUAUUGAUAACGAUUCAAAUGAUAAUUUUGAAGAUGUUGAUGAGACGACGAAGUUUAAAUAUACUGACCGAACCGCUCAUGGAUCACAAGCACGUCCGGGACUUUCGGCAUAUGGACGUAUGCAAGCGCCUAUACUAUCGUUUGAUGACGAAGGAGACAUUCCAAUACCUGAAAAGCAAACGAAACUUUUUCCUUCGUCUUACGAUGGGCAGCCUAAUGAUUCUGGCAAUCAAUUGACGAUUUUAAAACCAGGCCCUGGUAGUGUAUCAAUUGAACGAACACGAAAAGGCAAAUUUCGACAUGCUCUACGGACUGUUUCAAAAGUUGCUUUUAGUCAAUUAGGAUUAGGAUGUCUUGUCGUUGGCUAUGUCAUUCUUGGCGGAUUGAUAUUUGAUGCCAUUGAAUCACGUUAUGAGCUCGAACAUUUAGAAGAAAAAGAAAAAAAUCGUCAACAUUUUGUUGAUCAAUUAUACUCACAUGCUUAUAGAGAAUUUAAUCGUGUAUUAAAUCAAACAUUUGAAUUAAAAUAUGCGCUCUGGCGUGGUGGCAUAUCCCGGCAUGAUGAACAUAAUAAUGGCUGGCAAAUAGAUGUAGAAUCGGAUCUAUGGAAACGUCUUAUUGACUAUGAACUAUUACAAUAUUUUGGUGCCGAAGAAAAAACUCAAUACGGUAAUGAUCAACAACAACAGGAACAAAAUACGGUUGAAGUAUGGACAUUUUCUAGUGCUAUGCUUUAUUCAGCAACUGUCAUUACAACAAUCGGCUAUGGAAAUAUUACGCCGAAGACUACGGAAGGAAAAAUUGCAACAAUGAUUUAUGCAAUGCUCGGCAUUCCGUUAAUGUUUAUGUGUUUGACCUAUACAGGUGAUUUAUUGGCUGAUGCUUUUAUAACUGGUUAUUCAAAAAUAGUUAAUUUUCUUUGUCGACGUUUAUGCCGUAGGCAUUUACGAUCUUGUCUAUCGCUUCAAGGAGGGCAAAGUUUAGAACAGACUGAAAAUGAACGUGAAGAAACGCGGCAUGUGCCUAUUGUAGCUACAUUAGGCGUUCUUGCGCUUUAUAUAGCAAUGGGUGCCUUUCUUUUUGCUCGAUGGGAAAAUUGGCAUGUACUCGACGGAGCUUAUUUUUGUUUUAUAACAUUUACAACCAUCGGUUUCGGAGAUCUCGUACCCGGCAAAGGUACUUUGGCUGAAUCGAAAGCAGGUAAAGCAGCAAUAUGUGCCAUAUUUCUCUUGUUCGGUAUGAUUGUAAUGGCCAUGUCAUUUAAAUUAAUGCAAGAUGAAAUUAUGUCAAAAUUUCGUAAAAUUGCAAGACGUUUUGGUAUUAUUAAACAGCAUACACAAGAUCCGAGCUCAAGCAAUCUAGGUUAA